AUGUCCGACACUGAGAAGCAAAUCAGUAACGGGGGCCUCACUCCCCCCGGCGAUGAACAUGCGCCGAUUUACACUCCCGCUCUAGAGGCCGAUUACGAAGGCAAGCCUACUGAGGAAGAGCUGGCUACGCUACGUCGUGUUCCCGGCAAGAUCCCCACUGUGGCAUACCUUCUUUGUGCUGUCGAGUUCUGCGAGCGUGCAUCCUACUAUGGCUGCCAGGGUCUCUUCAGCAACUUCGUAAACCGUCCAUUGCCUAAGGGGGGCAACGGCUAUGGAGCGCCCCCGCGAGGAACACAGCUGACUGCUGGCGCCUUGGGCAUGGGUGAGGCUAAAGCUAACGCUGUUGGUCAAUCGUUCAGUUUACUAGCAUAUGGACUUCCCCUAAUAACUGGAUAUCUCGCCGAUACCAGGACCGGCCGUUUCAACAUGAUUUUCUGGGGAAUUUUCGUCAUGGGCGUUGGUCACGUCAUUCUUGUAGCAUCAGGGGCCAAGGCUCUGCUUUCCGAUGGCUCUGCCAAGGGACCUUUCUUUGUUGGUAUCUACAUCCUCGCCGUCGGUGCUGCCAUGUUCAAGCCCAACGUCUCGCCUUUGCUGCUUGACCAAAUGACGACUCAUGUGCCCAAGGUCAUCACCUUGAAGACUGGCGAGCGUGUGAUCCAGGACCCAGAGCACAGCACUGAGAGAGCUAUGCUGUGGUUUUACCUCCUCAUCAAUGUGGGCGCUUUCAUGCAAGUUGCUACCUCCUACUCGGAGAAGUAUGUGGGCUGGUGGCUCAGUUGGCUGCUACCUCUCCUCCUCUACUUGCCCCUGCCCUUCCUCAUGAUGUUCCUGAAGAAGCGCCUUGUGUUGCACAAGCCCGGCGGUUCCGACCUGCCUAACGUGUUCGUCGUUCUGGGUCAUUGCAUGAAGAAGGGCGGUUUCGCCCGUAUUGGUCGCAAAGGAUGGUGGGAACCAGCCAAGCCCUCAGUCCAGGCUGCCAUGGGGCUGCCAGUCACGACACGCUACAACGACCAAUUCGUCGAGGAUGUGAAGCGUACCUUCCAGGCCACUGGCAUGUUCUGCUUCUUCCCCGUUCAAUACUGGAACGACAACGGUCUUGCCAAUGCCGCGAGCUAUCUCAGCACCAUGCUUACGACCAACGGAGCUCCCAAUGAUGUCCUCAACAACUUCAACCCCUUCGCUAUCAUCAUUGGCUCACCGCUCCUCAACUUUGGUCUCUACCCACUGUUGCGCAAGGCCAAGAUUCACUACGGGCCUGUCAUGCGUAUCUGCACGGGCUUCUUCCUAUCAACAUGCGGUGGUAUCACAUACGCCGUCCUGCAGUACUAUGCCUACAAGACUUCACCCUGCGGCUACCACGGGUCCUCCGAUCCCGAGUGUGUUGACAACGGUCUGACUUCCCCCAUUUCGGUCUGGUGGAUGGGUCUCCCAUACGCCAUUGGUGGCUUCUCCGAGCUUUUCAUCAACGUGCCCGCCUAUGGCAUUGCCUACUCCCGUGCGCCGAUUAACAUGAGAGGAUUGGUGUCCGCUAUCAACCUGUUCAAUACCGCCAUUGCCUACAUCGUCAACCUGGCGUGUUCGUCCGUGGUUGUCGAUCCUCAUCUUAUCUGGGACUUUGGUGGCCCGGCUAUCUUGGGAUUCAUCACCACCUUUGUCUUCUGGUUCCUCUUCAAGCACGUCGACAAGGAAGAGUACGUUCUGUCCACCAGCAUCGACACCGCCGAUAUUCAUCCCACUACUGGGACGACCAACUUCGGCGUCAAGGAGGGCGAGCUCAAUAAGACGGACAACCGCGCUGCGCCAAUCACAGACAACGAGGAAUACGGCAUCUCCCAGAAGAUGUAA